AUGAACCCGUUCUUCCAGAACCAAUCAUGUGACCCUUUUACCCCGAGGGAGAAGCCGUGCGAGUUGGGAAACUAUGCGGUGUACUCAAUCAAUGUAUCGCAACCAGCAGAGGUUGUCGCAGGCAUUCAGUUCGCCAGCGAGCACAAUAUCAGGCUGGUGAUCAAGAACACGGGACACGACUACAUGGGAAAAUCAACCGGAGAAGGUUCUCUUUCUCUCUGGACCCAUAACCUCAAAGAGACUGAGAUCCUCUCAAACUACACAAGCCCCCUUUACAGUGGACCAGCCAUCAGGAUCGGUGCCGGUGUCAUCGGAGGCGAGCUAUAUGCCACCACUGCUAGCCAAGGGUACCGGGCUGUUGGUGGAACAUGUGCUAGUGUCGGCAUUGCUGGCGGCUAUGCAGCUGGGGGAGGCCAUUCGAUCCUCAACGGCCUGUACGGCAUGGGUGCUGAUAACGUGCUAGAGUGGGAGCUCGUCACGGCCGACGGCAAGCACAUAGUUGCCACGCCGUCAAACCAGUACUCCGACCUAUACUGGGCCAUGAGCGGCGGCGGUGCUGGAGUCUGGGGCGUCGUACUUAGUAUGACGUAUAAAAUUCACCCAGAUGGAAUCGUCGGCGGCGCCCGCCUGUCGUACAACUCAUCCUCGAUUGAGGCAGACACCUACUGGAAAGCCAUCGAGACCUUCUAUGCCUGGAUGCCUAUCUUCGUUGAUGGACUGGAUGGUGGUAACACGGCCGAGUACCUGGUCUCCGCAACCACUUUCGAGGGCGUCAGCUUCACGGUGCCUGGGCAGGAGGCAAGCGCUGUUGACACCCUCAUGUCACCCUACCUCGGCGAGCUCGACCGCCUAGGAGUGCCAUAUACGUACUCUUCAACGACGUCGCCAAACUUCAUCGACCAUUUCGGCGCCGAUCUGGGGCCAUUGCCUUAUGGCCCGUACCCAUCUAACACACUUUUCAGCAAUCGUCUUUUCCCACGAGCCGUGGUUGAAGACCCCCAGAGUAACUCUGCGCUUGUGGGAACGAUUAGGAACCUCACCGAAUAUCAAUAUGGAUAUUUCUUCCUCGGGUGCGAAUCAUUGCACGUCAAUGCCACCGGCCACCCUGAGAAUGCCGUCUUGCCGGUAUGGCGGGACACAAUUGCCGUUUGCACUGUCACUGGUUAUUGGAACUGGACUAUCCCAAGAGCUGAGAUGCUAUCACGCAAGGAGCAUCUUGCCAGCAUCAUCAAUCCAUCUUUAGAGGCCGUCACGCCUAAUUCCGGAUCGUAUCUGAACGAGGUCGAUUCAUGGUACAUCGGCGACUGGAAAAAAGAGUUCUAUGGCGCUAACUACGACCGCCUUUUGGAUAUCAAGACGAAAUAUGAUCCCAACCACCUAUUCUAUGCCUACACAGGCGUUGGCAGUGAUUUCUGGACUGUUGGAGAUGAUGGGAGGCUAUGUAGAGCCUAA